AUGUCUACAGAACUCAAAUCAUCACAGAACAAACAGCAAACGCCACUGUUAUACACAAAAGAGCGCUUAUUGAAACUAUAUGGUGUCGAUCUUAUUGCAGCUGUUUCAUCGGCUGCCAUGGUUUCCCCCUUUAUCGCUGUGGUCGACAGAUCUAUCAUUGAAAACCUGAAUGGCAAGCGUAAGCUGGUAGACGGUUUGAAAUUUGGCCUCAAAUCAUUCGCAUCACAUCCAUUUCACUUCACAACAUCCCGACAAUUUGGCAUUGUGCUUGGUCUCUACUUCUCAACAUACGCUACCGCCAACAUUGUAGACACAACCUGCGAACAAUACUCUGUAGAUGCAUCUAAGACACCCCUCUACAAGUUUGCUGCCACCUCUAUUGUGAACAUCUUCCUCUGUGUGUACAAGGACAAGGUGUUUGCCAGUAUGUUUGGUGUGUCUGCCAGCAAAGCGCUCCCAAAAUUGAGUUAUCUGCUAUUCGCAGCUAGAGAUUCUCUUACGAUUGCAGCUAGUUUUACUGCUCCAGCUUACAUUGCCAACGCUCUUCAAAAUAACUCUAUUGUAUCGAGCGAGAAAUCUGCCAAUGUGGUCGCACAGCUUGUAUGCCCUGCAGCAGUUCAAUUGGCAAGCACACCUGUACACUUGUAUGCACUCGAUCUGUACAAUAGACCUGGCGCUUCCCUCGCCAUGAGAGGUCAAUUGAUCAAGAAGGAAUACGUAAAGAGUACGCUCGCUAGAAUUGGACGUAUCGGUCCUGCUUUCGGAAUUGGAGGCGUGGGAAAUACUUUCUUUAGAAGCUAUAGAACUUUGAUCUAA